AUGCACAUUAAGGCAGAUAUGAGAUACCCAAGAGGUAUGGGGGAAAAAUUGUUAUUAAGACAUGUAGCAAGGAGACUGGGAUUGAUUGAAGCUAGUGUUCUGUGGAAAAGGGCCAUCCAAUUUGGUGCUAGAACAGCGAAGAUGACAAACGAGAGUAGGGGUGAAAAAGGAAAUAUGAAA